CUCCAAAAUUGAAAACAAAGAAGGAGUUGAUAACUUUGAUGAAAUCUUGAAAGAGUCCGAUGGAAUCAUGGUAGCUCGUGGAGGUAUGUAGUCGGCGUCGAGUUUUCCAAUUCACGAGCAUUAUUUCAUAGUUGAGUUUUGAAGUAUCGCCGCCCUCACUUGAUUUCAUGUUUGUAACCCAUAUACUUUAUUACCCCUUCUAGAUCUCGGUGUUGAGAUUCCUUACAGCACAGUCUUUGCGGCACAAAAGAUGAUGGUAUCGAAAUGUAACGAAGUAGGGAAACCAGUAAUUGUCGCAACUCAAAUGCUUGAUAGUAUGAUUCGAAAUCCACGGCCAACUCGUGCUGAAGUUACAGAUGUUGGAACUGCGGUACUGGACGGAGCAGACUCUGUCAUGCUUAGUGGAGAAACUGCAGCAGGAGCAUACCCAAUCGAUGCACUCAAAUCCAUGGCAAGCGUUUUGGUGGAGGCAGAUCACAUAUUAUCAAACCAAGGGAGUAUGUAUUGGAACCAAUCCCUCCAUGAGUCUUUGACACCACAGGAGCAAGAAAUGGAUGGUGUAGCAGCUUCAUGCGUCAAAGCAGCUAGUGUUAUGAACGUGACAAAAAUAAUUAUGGUUAGCAGAGAAGGAAAAUUUGCAAAAGCUGUAAGUGAACCUAAUUCAUUAUGAUUUGAGAAUGAACGGAACCAAACUGAUCUGAAUUCCUAAACGUUUCUUCUUGGUGAUAUGACAAUAGGUUGCUCGACACAAGCCAGAUGUUCCCGUUUUGGCAUUUUGUACGGAUCCUCAAGUUGCAAGGCGAUUGCAACUCCAUCGUGCAAUCACCCCUAUAAUGCUUCAAACCACAGCACCAGGUUCAGAUAGCCAAAUCACAAGCACUGGCCUUUUGCGUCAAGAAGCUAUUCGGACUGCGAUCGAGAUGGGUUUUGUAAACAAAGGAGAACGUGUCAUUGUAGUGGAUCAAACAUUAGGAAAAGCAACCCACAUGUAUGAGGUGGCAAAUAACAUGAAGGUCGUCACUAUCAGUGGAGCAUGACUUUGAUAUGUUGUUGUGAAUGGAUUCUGCAAUAUAUUUGUGUUGAUUAA